AUGGCCGCUCCUCAGCAACAGCAGCCCGCCGCCGCGGGCCCCGUCAACAACGACGACAUCGCCGACUGGACUGCCCGUCUCAACGAUGUGCUGGCCCGCCCCGGCGAGUACGUCAACUCCAAGUCGCCGGCGACCGCCCAGCCGUGGUACAACGCCUUCUUCGGCUGCUUCGCCCCGAUCGACACCUGCCUGAUGGCGUGGUGCUGCCCGUGCGUCGUCUUCGGCCGCACCCACCACCGCAUGCGCAAGAAUGCCAACCUCGAGGGCUACGAGCCCAUCAACACUUCUUGCCUGCUCUUCUGCGGCUCCGGCUGCGUCGGCCUCCACUGGGUCCCCAUGGCCAUGCAGCGCGCCGACCUGCGCACCAAGCACAACCUCGAGGGAAGCUGCCUCUUCGACAUUGCCACCGCCUGCUGCUGCGGCUGCUGCCAGAUCGUCCAGGCCGACAAGGAGGCCGCGCACCGCGAACCGCUCCUUGUCCAGCAGCAGGGCUACCAGCCCCAGGGCGGCAUGGCCUUCCCCGGCGCCAAGCAGUAA